AUGUCGUUGUAUGAGUAUAAACACCCGAUCAUCAACAAGAAGUUGGCGUCGACGGACGAGAGGAAAUCGUUCCCGACUCUGGAGUCGUGGUACGACGUGGUGAACGACUAUGAGUUCCAAGCACGGUGUCCUAUUAUUCUGAAGAAUUCACAUCGCAACAAGCAUUUCACGUUUGCAUGUCAUCUCAAGACGUGUCCGUUCAAGGUUCUGCUGUCGUAUAGCGGGGGCGCAGGCGGGGCGCACGUGGGAUCGGUGGGCGCGCAGAGCGACAAGGACGUGGACGACGAGAAGAAGGUCAGCGUGGAGGACGAUGUGACGGCUGCGAUUGCCGCGGCCGUGGCUGCGGUGGCCAACACCGGCGGCGGCACGGGCGAGGAGAGCGUCAAAGGGCCCUUCACGGUGACGAAAAUCGAGCCAUACCACAACCACCCGCUGGAGUCGAAUCUGAGCCUGUUCAAGUUCGUGCUGACCAAGAUCCCCAAGAUACUGCAAAACGACCUGAAGUUUGACUCGAUCCUGGAGACGCUGUGCAACGAGGACGACAACACUGUUGCGAAGUUCCGGGUCUCGCAGUACGUGGACGAGUCUGGUAUUCUGGAGAUCAUCAAGGAGCGCUACGGCCUGACUGACCAAGAGCUGGAUAAAAAGCUGCUCGCGCAGAUUGCGCGUCGGAUUACGACAUAUAAGGCGCGCUUUGUUCUGAAGCGGAAAAAGCAGGGCCCAUAUGCUAUUGCUCAGUCCCAUGGGAUGUCCGGGGAGGAUGAUGACGAUGUGAGCGUACCUGAGCAUGUGCAUCACCAUGUGCACCACGUACACGCCAGCGAGGUAGCGGCGGCAGCAGCAGCAGUUAACGAGGUCAACAAACACUCGCUGGAAGACGCUGACGAGCAUCCGCGCAAGAAGGUACGCUCCAACAAGAUAUCCAAUGCGGUCAAGAUGGGUACGCGCUCCACGCUGGUGACCGACCACUCCCAACAUGAAACCAGUACCGCCGGCGUGGGCGAGGACGACGUCGGUGACGAUGGAGUCCAUCACAGUCAUCAUAAGGAGAUGUCUCCUCAUGAUGAAAUGGCUGAGCAACUUCGCUUGCUUUCUUCGCACCUAAAAGAGGUCGAAGCUCAGGAACAUGGUAAUGUUGAUGUCGAUGUCGAUCCAGAAAUUAAGAAGGAUGAUCUCGCGGACGAGAAUAUCCAGCCGGAACUUAGGGGACAAUAA